AUGGACGGCCCAUUCAAUGCCGCAGUCCUCAUCGUCUCAACCACGGCCGCCAAGGACCCAUCAGCCGAUGCCUCAGCAAGCGUCCUGCGAGAGGUGCUGCUGCAAGACGGAGGCGGCCGGUGGGACGUCGUCGAUGAGCGCAUCGUAUCGGACAAUGUCUUUGACAUACAGAGAAACAUUAUGCUCUGGGCGGACGGCCCCAACGCUGUCAAUCUCAUUAUCACAACCGGCGGCACCGGAUUCUCAGUGGCAGAUGUGACGCCAGAGGCUGUCGCUCCUAUGAUACAUAAAUCCGCUCCGGGCUUGAUCCACGCCAUGCUUUCUGCAUCCCUAGCAGUUACACCAUUUGCCAUGAUGUCUCGCCCCACCGCAGGAGUGAGAAAUAAGACUCUCAUUGUCACCUUGCCUGGCUCACCCAAAGGUGCAAAAGAAAACCUUCAAGCCAUCAUCAAGACGCUCCCACAUGCCUGUCUCCAAGCCGGCGGCGCAAAUUCCAGAGCUCUGCAUUCCGGUGGCGUCAAAAAGCUUGAAGCUGACGCUGGGAUUGAUCGCUCCCCAGCUCAGGCCUCAGCCUCAACACACCAACACCAUCACGGACACUCCCAUGGUCACAGCCACGGCCCUGGACACUCUCAUGGCCAUGGAAGCCUCCAGAGAUUCACUACGCCAAGCUCAGCUAACCCAUCCCACUUGUCCAAUGAUUUCAGCCAGGGUCCCACGCGCCGAUAUCGCGAGUCCCCUUAUCCCAUGCUAUCCGUGAACGACGCUCUUGCCCUAGUAUUGGAGCACUCGCCGGAACCCCACACGGAAUUGGUCAAGGUCGAUGAGCACAUUGUGGGAAUGGUGCUGGCUGACGACAUCAAGGCCAAAGAGAACGUCCCCGCCUUCCGAGCCAGUAUCGUAGAUGGGUAUGCCGUCGUUGUUCCCAAAGAUGGCAGCGUAAAGGGCGCCUUCCCCGUCACUGGCGUGUCCCACGCCGCUCCAGGAGAGAUACCGCCUUUGAAGGAGGGCGAAAUUGCUAGGAUAACGACAGGAGCUCCGCUGCCGCCGGGAGCCAACGCCGUCAUCAUGGUAGAAGACACCACCCUGAAGACCAUGACUGAGGACGGCAAGGAAGAGAAAGAAGUCGAAAUCCAAGCUGAAGGAGUCACGGAUGGCGCCAAUGUCCGUGAAAUCGGAAGUGACAUUGCACAAGGCAGCGUGAUUCUCAAAAAGGGAGAACAGAUAUCCGCAGUCGGCGGAGAAAUCGGUCUUCUCGCCGCCGUCGGCGUGGCAGAAGCCCAGGUAUAUAAGCGACCCGUCGUGGGAGUGCUCUCCACCGGCGACGAGAUUGUCGACUACCACCGGCCGGGAGGGUUGAAACUAGGUGAGGUCCGUGAUACUAAUCGCAUCACGCUUAUCUCCGCCGCCAAAGAAUGGGGAUUCCCGGUCAUCGACCUCGGGAUCGCCAGCGAUAAGCCCGGCUCUUUGGAGGAGACUCUGAGAGCUGGCCUCAGAGAAGCUGACGUGCUCAUCACAACAGGAGGCGUCUCUAUGGGAGAACUCGACCUCCUGAAACCAACUCUUGAGCGCUCUCUGGGCGGAACGAUUCACUUUGGUCGUGUGGCCAUGAAGCCUGGCAAACCAACUACUUUUGCCACCAUCCCCGUCAAAGACAACGCAGGACAGCGCAUCUCCAAGGCCGUCUUCUCCCUCCCCGGCAAUCCCGCCUCCGCACUGGUCACAUUCCACCUCUUCGUCCUCCCGUCUCUGCAUAAGCAGUCUGGCGUCUCGCCCGUUGGCCUGCCCAAGGUGCCAGUAACGCUGGCACACGAAUUUCAUGUCGAUGCCCGGCCAGAAUUCCACCGUGUUGUCGUGACCAUUGGUCAGGAUGGUCUUUUGACGGCGAGCAGCACUGGGGGACAGCGCAGCUCCAAAGUAGGUAGCUUAAGGUCGGCCAAUGCGCUGCUCUGUUUGCCCGGCGGAGGUGGGAAGCUGGAGAAGGGCUCAAAGGUUAAUGCUUUGUUGAUGAACUCUGUGCGUGGUGGAUGA